GGCGUGGUGGAGGACGCCGAGACGCUGCGGCGGCCGCGCAGAGGGGACGAGCUGCGCACCUGGAAAGUUACCCGGCGGCCUGGUUCCCGAGCAACAUGGGAAAUGGCUCAGUGAAACCCAAGCACGCCAAGCACCCAGAUGGCCAGCCAGGGAGCCUCAGCAACGAAACCCUGCGGAGCAAGGUGGUGGAGCUGGAGCGUGAGCUGAGGAGGAAGGAUGCGGAGCUUCAGGAACGGGAGUACCACCUGAAGGAGCUGCGGGAGCAGCUGGCCAAGCAGACUGCGGCCAUCGCGGAGCUCACGGAGGAGCUUCAGAGCAAGUGUGUCCAGCUCAACAAGCUGCAGGAUGUGAUCCACGUGCAGGGAGGAAGCCCACUGCAGGCCUCCCCGGACAAAGUGCCUCUGGAUGUUCACCGCAAGGCCUCAGGCUUGGUCUCUCUGCACAGCAGGAGGGGGGCGAAGGCUGGAGUGUCUGCAGAGCCGACCACCCGAACCUAUGACCUCAACAAGCCCCCCGAGUUCUCCUUUGAGAAAGCAAGAGUCAGGAAGGAUUCCAGUGAGAAAAAGCUCAUUACGGAUGCUCUCAAUAAGAACCAGUUUCUGAAGAGAUUGGAUGCCCAGCAGAUCAAAGACAUGGUAGAGUGCAUGUACGGGAGAAAUUAUCAACAGGGCAGUUAUAUCAUUAAGCAAGGGGAACCAGGAAACCACAUCUUUGUGCUGGCAGAGGGUAGACUGGAGGUGACCCAAGGAGAGAAAUUGCUGUCAUCUAUCCCGAUGUGGACCACAUUUGGGGAACUGGCGAUUCUGUACAAUUGUACACGGACUGCCUCUGUGAAAGCUAUUACCAACGUUAAGACUUGGGCCCUUGACAGAGAGGUUUUCCAGAACAUUAUGAGGAGAACGGCGCAAGCCAGGGAUGAGCAGUACAGAAACUUCCUCAGAAGUGUUUCCUUGCUGAAGAAUUUACCUGAAGAUAAACUAACCAAGAUCAUUGACUGCUUGGAAGUGGAAUACUAUGACAAAGGUGAUUACAUCAUCAGAGAAGGGGAAGAAGGGAGCACCUUCUUCAUUUUGGCAAAAGGCAAGGUGAAAGUCACACAGAGCACAGAAGGCCACGAUCAGCCACAGUUAAUAAAGACCCUGCAGACGGGCGAGUACUUUGGAGAAAAAGCUCUGAUCAGUGAUGACGUCAGAUCAGCCAAUAUCAUUGCUGAAGAAAAUGAUGUUGCAUGCCUCGUGAUAGAUCGAGAAACAUUCAACCAAACUGUCGGGACAUUUGAAGAACUCCAAAAAUACCUGGAGGGAUACGUGGCCAACCUGAACCGUGACGAUGAGAAAAGACAUGCCAAGCGCUCCAUGUCUAACUGGAAGUUGUCCAAAGCCCUUUCUCUGGAGAUGAUUCAGCUGAAAGAGAAGGUGGCCAGAUUCUCCUCAACCUCCCCAUUCCAGAACCUUGAGAUUAUCGCGACACUGGGCGUUGGUGGGUUCGGAAGAGUGGAGCUUGUUAAAGUUAAAAACGAGAAUGUUGCCUUUGCGAUGAAGUGUAUAAGGAAGAAGCACAUUGUUGACACGAAGCAACAGGAACAUGUCUACUCUGAAAAGAGGAUCCUGGAGGAGCUGUGCUCCCCGUUCAUCGUGAAAUUGUAUCGUACUUUCAAGGACAAUAAAUAUGUAUACAUGCUCCUGGAGGCCUGCUUAGGUGGGGAGCUGUGGAGUAUAUUAAGGGACAGAGGCAGCUUUGAUGAGGCCACCUCCAAAUUCUGUGUGGCUUGUGUGACAGAAGCAUUUGAUUACCUGCAUCGACUAGGCAUCAUUUACAGAGACCUGAAGCCAGAAAACUUAAUUCUGGAUGCUGAUGGCUACCUUAAGCUGGUUGACUUUGGAUUUGCUAAGAAGAUCGGCUCUGGGCAGAAAACGUGGACUUUCUGUGGGACUCCAGAGUACGUGGCUCCCGAGGUCAUUCUCAACAAAGGACAUGAUUUCAGUGUGGACUUCUGGUCUCUGGGAAUUCUAGUCUACGAGCUCCUCACGGGCAACCCUCCCUUUUCUGGGAUAGACCAGAUGAUGACCUACAAUUUGAUUCUCAAAGGAAUUGAAAAAAUGGAUUUCCCCAGAAAGAUAACAAGGCGACCUGAGGAUUUGAUCCGAAGGCUUUGCAGGCAAAAUCCAACAGAAAGGCUGGGGAAUCUGAAGAAUGGGAUCAACGACAUUAAGAAACACAGGUGGUUAAACGGUUUUAACUGGGAGGGACUGAAAGCACGGAACCUUCCAUCACCUUUGAGGAGAGAGCUCAGUGGCCCCAUAGACCACAGCUACUUUGACAAGUACCCUCCUGAAAAGGGCGUGCCUCCGGAUGAGAUGUCAGGCUGGGACAAAGACUUCUGACAGAAGGAAACUGGUGACAUGCCACAGAAGAGGACUGUGAGGAUCAAUAACACAAUGCUGGUUGUUCCAGAAGAUCAUUAGGGAAAAGAACCCCCCCUGCUAGUCAGGGAAGGAGCGUGGCUACAUGUGGUUCUGAACGGGAACAUCUCCCUGAGAUGCUGUGAAAUUAUCCCUGUACUCCAUUCUGUAAUUGUUUCAGAUGUCAUACGCUUCCCCUCACCUUUCCAUGACCUGCUCCAUUUUUGAUGACAUAACAUACUUUCCUCUGAAAUACGUUGCUCCCUCCAAAUCAUACUCUCCUGCCUAGAAUCCUAAUAAAAGUUAAUAAGGCUUUUGCUUUUGAGCACCUAAGUCACCCGCAGAGAAGGAAGAAUAUGAACAACUUUAGAAGAAUCUCCAGGACUCAACAGACACCAGGGAUAUAUUGUGAUGUCUUCAAGUGGUGUUUUCCAGACAUCUUGAGUAGUUAAUAGAAGAUCAUGAAUUUAAAUUUGUUUCAGCCUAAAAAUACACUAAAUUAUUUUUCUGAUGCUAUCUAGGAAAAAGAUUUGCAUAUUAGUUAGUGAUGCAAGUUGUUAAAGAAAGCCAGUCAAUCAAAUCAGAUAAUUACAUUGUUCUUAAUAACUUAGAAAAAAAGAAGCAAAACUUUCCUUUUCCUUUGGCCAGUGAUACCUCUGAGGCUUCCCAAAAACUUUGUUAAAAACAAUUUAGAAAGUGUGGCUAAAUGAUGGAUUUUUGAGAAGUUUUUACCUUAUGUUUAAAAAUAUAUAUUUUUGCUACCAAAGUAGAAAAUAUGGUGGCCUAAAAUACUAAGGAUAUUUCCUUCCCACAAAAGACAAAGCAUAAUAAAUGCUGAUAGCUAAUAUUGUUGACUCUUUCUAACUCUGAGAUAUUUUGUUCCAUACUAUGGUUACUGCUACUGAUAAACCCAAAGUAUAGUAAGAUCAUGUUUAAUUUUCAAUGAGAAGCCCAUUGACAAAUUUGAGAUUUGUAGUCUCUGUAGAGGUAAUGGCUUUGCUUGAAGCCCUUCGAGUUAUGUAUGUAAUUAUAACACAAGCUACUCUGGAAGUGGUGUGAUUUUUGAAGUAAAGGGAACACCCAGAAUCUGGCUUUUGCUGUUUCCUAUUGGCAAUCUUCCAAAUUAGAAGUGAACAGAAGAGUAGCAAGUGCACUGGACACCAAUUCCUGAGGGCUUUUCUGGUGUUGGUAGGUGUUGAGCAAAAUCACUUCCUCCCCCCCUUCCAAAAUGAUGACAAAUGUCUCCCUAUCUUUGUAAUCUGGCAGAACAGAGAUGGCAUCCUGAUUCCUGUAUCAUUCAAGCUUCUGAUUGUAUUUUUAUAUGAUAAUGUUCUACCAGAAAAGCAAGUUUCACCCACUCCAUACACACAUUUUCAUUCUUUAGAGAAAGUCAGCUGUCUGACUGCUGAAGAUUUAAGCCAGAUAAGCAAGACCCAGAAUAAGAAAGUGCAUCCUUAAGAAAUUAUAUUUACACAUUUAGAGUCCUUUUGCUGAACCAAAGAGUUUUGUUUCUUGGGGUAGAUUUUUAAAGAUUAUGUAUUGUAUAUAGAAAAGCCAUUUUUAAUAGGAUUAAUAUAACAUGCUUACAGAAUUUCUAAAGUCUAAAAAUACCUUGUUUGCAUUUGGUUUGUAUGUACUAUAUGUUUUCCAUGUAUAUAUUUUAUAAUUACCAACAUAUACAGGCAAAAAACUGAUAUAUUGGGUGGCCAUUAGGACUGUACAGUUAUUAAUGUUCACAAGAAUGUUCCAGGAUUGUGAUUGAAAAGAAUAAGCCCUACAUAUCUAAAGUUAAACCACAACUUAGAUGUUAAUCUUUCCUGUGAGUGGCCAUAUCAGAUACAAUUUCCACACAUGAUUUAAUAUGUUUCAUUUAUAAAGAUGAAGAUAUGUGGGACUGUAUUAUCGUUUAAUCUCAACUUGAUUUCUAGCUCAGUGACCUUGGAAAAAUGAUUUGCCUUUGGGUACCAGUUUCUCACUUGUAUAAUAAUGGUAAAGUGAUACCCACAGACACAUCUUUACCUGGCACCUGUGAAAUGAUCCUUGCUGCAUAGAUGGAUAGAUGGGAGCUACCGUCACUAUCUCUGUUGAAAUUAAAGCGGCCUUAAUAACCAUUUAGUUCUGAGCCAUGUGUGUCAAUGGUGUCUCUCUGCAGAAUUGUUGUGUUAAGUCAAAUCUCUGAAGUAAAGGUGGUUGAUCAAACUUUGGCCAAUGAGAAGCAUUAAUCAUCACCCAAAUGAAGUGCUCUGCUGGACUGACCUACAUUUAAAAUUGAUGAAUUAAAGAUAUGAAUGUGCACAUGCACACAAACAGACAAGGACGGACAGUUAUCCCCUAUA